AUGGACGUUGUUGUGUCUUCCGCCACAGCCUUGCCAAACGAUGUCCUUUUGAACUGCCUAGCCCGCGUCCCCAGGCGCUACGACCCAAUCCUCGCUUGUGUUUCGAAAACCUUCCGGUCCCUUGUGCUUUCUCCUGAUGAGCUUCCGCAGGUACGGUAUUUGAUGGGCAAAAAUGAUUAUCCUGUCUUAUAUGUACGGUUCUCUGUCGGAUACCGUCUCAAGGUGUUUCAUUGGCUCACUUUUAACCUAAACGAGAAGAUACCAAGUGAUCAGGACAUACGACUACCGUUUCUUACUACACCGCUGCUGUCUGGUUCCACCGUCUCUAUAGGUUCCGAUAUCUACUUUAUUGGUGCGGCUGGUGUUUUCCCGGGCCUAUAUAGAUUCGAUUCCUUGUCCGGCAAGUUGUGGAGGGGUCCUUUAAUGAAGGCGGGUCGCAGGUACCCAGGCGUGGCGGUGGUGGAUGGGAAAAUAUACGCACUGGGAGGGUGCCUCUAUGACGACCGGCUUCUUGUUGAAGUUUUUGAUCUAGAGACUCAAACUUGGGAAUUUGCGCCAUUAAGCCCUCACGGGGAAGAUCGAUAUGGAACCGGAUCUAUGAGAACUGGAAGAGAAAUGUCAGAAACUGUUGCUGUGGAUGGGAAGAUUUAUGUUAUGGGUUAUUUAGAAGGGAUUCACGUAGUCUACAAUACAAAAGAUGGUACAAGUGAGACUUUUGAGAUGGCGGAUGAAACAUGGAAUAGAGGUGGAGCGUGUGUGAUUGACAGUGUGAUUUAUGUUUAUUACUUUGGUUUGGGGCUAAUGUGGUAUGACUCUAAGGAGAAGGUAUGGAGAGUGGUUCAAGGUUUGAAGAUUGAUGAGUCAAUUGAACGGGUUGGAUUGGUGGAUUGCGAUGGAAAACUUGCAAUUCUGUGGGGAGAUUGUAGCAAUGGAAGUGGUGAUACUAAUAAGAAGAUUUGGUGCAAGAUGGUCGUGCUGGAUAGGAGUGAAGUUGCAAUCCAUGGAAAAGUCGAUUGGUCUGAUUCACUUGGAUCUGUUCCUGCUAACUAUGACAUUUGGCAUUGUACUUGUCUAGGUAUUUCUGAUUAA